CGCGUGCGGCGGGCGGCAUUGCGUUGUCAUUCUUGGACUUGCCCGCUUGCCAUGCAACGCGUCACAUCCACGGUCCGCAAAAUGUCGACGCGCAGCACCACAGCCAGCGGCUCCACCGUCUAUGAAUCGGACCGUGCGGCGCACGAGUACCUUCAGUUCCACUUUGGGGAUUCCAAAGACGUCGUGCCAUGGGCAUUUGCCCCUUCAGAUGCGUUAAACUUUUUGCCUCGCUGUGUUGAGGACACUGUCGGUCAUCUGCCCAAGCAGAACCGCCGCCAACGCGCGCUUGAGAUCGGAUGCGCUGUCGGCCGCUCGUCGUUUGAAUUGUCGCGCCAUUUCGACGAGGUAGUGGGCAUCGACUUUUCGCAUCACUUCAUCGAGGUCGCGAACGCCAUGAAAUUGAAGGGAACUGCCGAAUACGAAGCGCUGCUACAAGGAGACAUCAAGGAAUCCCGUGUGGCAAAGGUCGCUGCGGACAUCGACCGGUCCAAAGUCACGUUUGCGCAGGGCGACGCGUGUAACUUGGACGUUGCGGAGUUGGGCGCAUUUGAUUUGGUCUUUGCGUCCAAUUUGCUGUGUCGAUUGCCGGAGCCUAAGCAAUUCCUUGCCACGUUGCCGUCCCUUGUACGGUCGGACGGCGUCUUGGCUCUUAUCAGCCCAUACUCGUGGCUCGAGGAGUACACGCCCAAGGAGCACUGGAUAGGCGGCACGGUGAACCCCGUGGACGGGACUCCCAUCGACUCAUUUGCCGAAAUCGAGCGACUCUUGGCGCCCCACUUCACGCUCGUCGCGCGCACGCAAUACCCCUUCCUCAUCCGCGAACACGACCGCAAGUUCCAGUACGGUGUCUCGGACGGCACGUUCUGGCGUCGCAAUGCCUAACCUAAUCAAGCUGUUUGGUUGCAAAAUCCAUCCGAACCACUCCGUUGCGACGGACGGCCUUCCGUUCCUCGGCCAUUCGAGCGCCGUCUCG